AUGGCAUUCCUCUUCAAGAGCAAGAAGAAUGCGGACAAGGCACAAGGGGCCAAGGAUGGUUCAAAUGGCGUCGCAGGAUCGCAGUCGUCCUUCAACAGCUCGAAUGGCCGCAUGAACGAGAAGGGCGCUGUGCAGCAAUCGUCGACGCCCUCAAGUAGUGUCAAUAAUUCGAUGAACUCGCUGCAAGGAGGUGGAACCGCGACACCCAGUCCAGAGCAGGUCAACGUCCGCCGAGCUCCCAGUGUAGAGCAGACGUCGGACCUUCCGUUACGGAACGGUUCUGCGCCUGCAGUCCAAUCGAUGAAUACAAAUCCGAAUGCCUCCUUAUAUCCCUGGUCUCAGCGGCGGUUAACAUACACAACCUCUCAUCCAAGUCCGUUUCCUCGAUAUGGCGCCGCUGUCAAUUCAGUUGCCUCAAAAGAGGGUGAUAUUUACCUCAUGGGAGGGUUGAUAAACAGUUCUACGGUGAAGGGAGACUUAUGGAUGGUAGAGGCUGGAGGAAAUAUGGCGUGUUACCCCUUGGCGACCACAGCUGAAGGACCGGGACCAAGAGUUGGGCAUGCGAGUUUACUCGUUGGAAAUGCGUUCAUCGUCUAUGGGGGAGAUACCAAGAUGGAGGAUUCGGAUACCCUGGAUGAGACGCUGUACCUCCUAAAUACUUCUACGCGACAAUGGUCCAGAGCUGUGCCCGCAGGACCUCGACCUUCCGGACGAUAUGGACAUUCGUUGAAUAUUCUAGGCUCGAAGAUUUACGUGUUUGGAGGUCAGGUGGAAGGAUAUUUCAUGAACGAUUUGGUUGCGUUCGACUUGAACCAAUUGCAAAAUCCGACGAACAGAUGGGAGAUGCUCAUCCAGAAUAGCGACGAGGGAGGUCCACCUCAAGGGCAAAUACCUCCGGCGAGAACAAACCACUCGAUUGUGACGUUCAAUGACAAAUUAUAUCUAUUUGGCGGAACUAAUGGCUUCCAAUGGUUUAAUGAUGUUUGGUGCUACGAUCCUGUACCUAAUGCCUGGAUGGCUCUCGACUGCAUCGGUUACAUUCCAGCCCCUCGGGAAGGUCACGCAGCAGCAAUCGUGGACGACGUAAUGUAUGUCUUUGGUGGACGAACGGAAGAAGGAGCAGAUCUUGGAGAUUUGGCUGCAUUUAGGAUAUCCUCGAGGCGAUGGUACACAUUCCAGAAUAUGGGUCCUUCGCCAUCACCAAGAUCCGGGCACAGCAUGACAGCUUAUAACAAACAAAUUGUUGUUUUGGCAGGAGAACCGAGCACUGCAAGCCGAGAAGCUCAAGACCUUGCAAUUGUCUAUUUGCUCGACACUAGCAAGAUUCGAUAUCCAAACGACCAACAACCUCCCGCUCCUGCUGCAGAUCGUGUUCCUGGAGCAAGGAGACCCAGCACAUCGGAUAAUAAAAAUGGCAUGGGACCCACUCGCAACCUCAGCUCUCGAGAUGGAUCGACAUUACCAGAGCCAAAGAGACUCCAAGGACCUCCUGGGCGGGAAAGUGUAAUGGCACCUGGUUAUGGGCGUGGGAAUGGGCAACCUGGUGUAAAUGGCAAUGACCAGAAUGGAGUAGCGCCUGGGUCAGCGCAACCGCAAGGAGCUCCCAUUGGUGCUCCUCAAGGACCCCAAGGUGCUGCCACACCAGGCUCAAAGCUGCCAAGAGCUUCGAUGGCACAAGCUCCACCAGGUCCUCCUCCACAACAGCAAGCGCCAAACCCGCGAUCAAAUGGCCCAAUACCAGCCGCCAAUGGACGCGGUAAGCCUCAAGGCAAGCCAGAAAGAGGAUUUGGACCAGCCAUUGACACAAACGUCCGAAACCCAUCUGUGGAAAAGAUUUCCGGGUCUCCGAUUCAAGGACAGAACCGAACAAUGUCCCCUGCUCGAAGAGAAAGCCCACAGCCUCGAGAGAGUCCAUUGGCCAAUGGAAGACGUACCCCAACACAAACCCAGCAGGCUUCGAAACCAGUGGGAGUGGAGAAUAAUGGACCACCGGUCAGCAUGGGCAAUAAUGUUGGAACAACGAGAGCCUCGUCGAAGACCCGGACAGGCCGUCAACAGAGCUCUAUUGACAGCACUAGCGAGCAGUCUUCUCUACGAAAUGUUACAAAUGCACGCCAAACAUCACCGCCUCCCCCAACAAGACAGACUAGCAAUCCAUUAGUACGAAAAGGGUCCGCUCGGAAUUCCCAAACGGUUGCACUUCUGAAAGAAUUGGACGCAGCAAAGAACCGGAACGCGUGGUAUGCAUCAGAGCUUGAACUUGCGCGGAAAGCUGGAUACGUCCCAAAUCCGUCAAGCAGUCCAAUUCUUGAUCAACGAGCCGCGGAGUCGUUUGAUGACGAUGACAAGCCGCUCAUUGAAGCUUUGAUUGCCAUGAAGAGCGAGCUCGCUAAUGUCCAAGGAUCAAUUGACAAACAAGCCGUUCUUGCUGCAAAGCAGAUUGCGGAAGUUGAGAAGCAGCGCGAUGCAGCUGUCAGAGAAGCAGUCUAUGCUAAGGCCAAGCUUGCUGCACAUGCUGGAAGUCAAAGCAGUACCCCUCAGCCGGACGCUGAAGGCGUCCGCGAUCUUGGUAUCAUGUCGACCGACAGAUCAACGGAUAUCAGCCGGAAGCUUGCUUCUGCACUCGCCGAGCAACGCGACCUGCAGAGUAAACUUGAGAUGCUGACUACUGAACUCGACGCAGAGAAGCGUGGCCGAAAGCUCGCAGAAGAUACCUCAAACUCUUGUCAAAGCAGGAUAUCCGAAUUGGAGAUGUACAAGCAGCAAAACUCUGGCGAGGUCGAACAGCUAAGAGCUGAGUUGCAUGAAUUCCAAAAGAGAGCACGGGAAGAGGCAGUCGUCUGCGCUGAGGCUGUCUCAGCUGCGCAACUUCUCCAGGCAGAUAAAGAUGAGCUGAAGAGCAAAUACCAAGACGCCGUUGGAUCGUCAAAGGACCACAGCGACACCUUCGAGUCGCUUCGUGAAGCUAUCGCAUCCUCCGCGGACAUGAGAAUUCUCCUAGAGCGCAAAUUGGACGAAGAACGUGCUCAAAGAGAGAAAGUUGAGAAUAAGCUUAACAAGCUAAAAGCAGAACAUGAGAAUCGUGUGACUGAGCUGGAGACUGCAACUCGAAGAUUACGGGAUACUGAAGAGCUGGCGGAGCAACAUGCAACCGAAGCACGAACACAUCGACAAGCUGUCCUCUCUGGACUUGAUCGAGUUGCCGCACGCGACGUCAAUUCGAAGAGCUCUAUGAACAACGACCGUAUUGCGGCUCUCCAAGCACAGGCUGCAGCUUCGAAUGCUUUGGUUCGCAAGUACCAACAAGCAGCUGAUACGGCCUCUGAAAAAUUACGCAGCGCUGAAGAGCGUAUUGCUGGUCUUGAAGCGUAUCAAGAGCAAGCUAGCCGGGAAGGCAUGUCAAUUCGCAAGCAGCUCCAGUCGACAAUGCGAGAAGUCCAAAGUUUGCAAGCUGCGAACUCAGAAAUGAAGUAUCAGCUUGCAAAUCAACAGCUCGAGACCAAUGCUGUCCAUGUGCAGCACAAUACCUUGAAAGACAUCCUUGGCGAGCGUGGUAUCAGCCCGUCUGGUGCGGCCAGAGUCCGCGGUCUGUCAAGUCCCCAAUCAGGCGCCAAUACUCCUGACCUGUCUCGUCUACGCGAACUUGAGCAACAGCUAGCCUCCAGCGUCCAGGCCCACCAACAGACAAAGCAAACUUUCGAGGCCCGCGAGCAAGAGGCCGAGGCAACCUAUAGAGAAAAGUUAAGCCAGCUCGAACACGACUAUCAGUCCGCAGUCCACUACGUGAAAGGCACUGAGAAGAUGCUCAAGCGCAUGAAGGAUGAGUUGGACAAGGCCAAGUCUGAUAAUACUCAACUGAAGAAAGACCUCUCCAAGGCUGAAGAAGGCAAGGGAUUGUCAAAAGAGGGUUCAUCUGGAUGGGAAUCCGAGCGUGCUUCACUCAACACACAAAUUGAGUCUUUGCAAGCAGACAUCAAGACAUCUGUCAGCCAGAUGGAGCGACAAAUGGCUGAGGUCAAGAAGGAAUUGGCAGCUGCACAGCAGGAGCGCGAUCAACUCAAGCAUCAUAACGAGGAGACUCAACGUCAACUGUCAACAUCGACUCAACAAGCACGUUCUGAUCUUGCCCAACUGCAGCAAGAGAACGCUCUUUUGGAACGUCGUGCUCAGGAUGCAGAGCAAAAGGUUUCCUUGCUACUCGACCAGGUCGAGCAAUCAGUUGAUACCUAUCGACGCCAAUCAAGGCAAGUCGACACGAAUGCUGCCCCAGGCAAAUCUCACGAGCGCACCCUCUCAACCUCUGAAUCCGUCUCCGAAUCAUCUCUCUACGAUGGUGGAAAUCGAAAUUCAACAGCCUUGGACAGCCUUGCCAAUGAGCUUGAGACAUUGCGGUCUCACUGGGAGAACACAAACAAGAACUAUAGACUCAGCAAUGCGUUUGAGUUCGAAGAGCGAACACUGAUUACUCGUGGAGCCAACGAUACGCUCGCGGCAUCAAAUGCGGGUGAUGGCUUGAGUGGCAGCCUUGCUGACUGGAGAAAGAGACUUGAUGCUGAGGAAGAGGUUGCGAGGAGUCGAAAGGGAAGUAAUAGUGAGAUCUCGCCUGGUGGGUUAGCGGGGUCCAGGGAGAUGAACCCAAGUGAGGUUGGGAUGGGUGCGGCUGGGAAGAGCCAGGUCAAUCUGAUCUGA